CGUUCCUCCGGGCUGCAGCUUCCGCCCGGAGCGCCGAGGCGGUGCGGGCUCGGGGAUGGCGGGCGUGUGGCGGCGCUUCUCCUCGGCGGCGGCGGCGGCGGCUCCGGGCCGGCCCGGGCUGUGGGCGCGGCUCCGGGACACCCGGGCGGGUUUGUGGACACGGAGUCUGCUUAGUGAUUACCAAGAGGCGUGUAAGGAGCUCGUUGUGGGAGCCAGGGAUAACCCGGGAAAAGCAGCCUUCUACUGCCUGCUCCUGGCGGGGGCGGGUGCCUGUGCCUACAACAGCCCCUCGGACAAAUCCUUCCAAGUAGCGCUGUUGGAGUCCUCCAACCAACUGUUGGUCCUCUCUCCCUGGAUCCGGAGCGGCCGAGCAGACCAGCACAUCCAGAAGCUGGUGACGAUACAGACCCAGGGCCGGCUCCGCCACCAGAGCCUGCUCUUCUUCUCCCUGGUGUAUGCGGCCCCCUACGACCCAGACACCAGUAUCUACGACGCACAGUGCGAGUACCUGAGGCCGCGCUGGUCACGCUUCCCGGACAGGGUUUUGGACGUCGGGUUUCUUGGCAAGUGGUGGGUGCUCAGCUCGAAGAUGAGAGACUGGGACGUCAAUGAUGACGAGUUUGCACACUUGCCCGCUGAGCUGCGGACAGUCACGCCUCAGAAUCUGCACUCAGCUGAGAAUGAGAGACUGUUUGAAUUAAAGUUCCAGCCCGUCGUUCUUCAGGAGGAGGACACACAGGAGGCUGGAGGGAGCUGACGGGCGCUGCAUACACAGGGAGGAAGCCGAGGGUUGCUGGAACAAUACACCUCCGGACCAGCUCAUGACUUGAACACAGAACAGUAACAGCCCAGAAACAGGCCCUUCGGCCCCACCAUGUCUGCACUGACCACAAUACCAAUCUCAACUGCACAUGGUCUGUAUCCCUCCAUUCCCUGCCUGUUUGUGUGUCUGUCUGCUUCUUAAACAUUGCGAUCCACUUCCUCACCUCUCCACCCCUCUUUGUUGGUUAAGUUUGGUGGCACUGGUGUAAGAUUGUUCAAAAAAUAAACUAUAGUGCAGAGAUCACAUUGUGA